AUGGAUAAUCUUGUGGCUCAAAUCACACCGAUCAUUCAGGCCCGAAGUUUAGAAGAAAAAGAAAAUGUUGUAGCAGAGGAUGUUGCUCAAGAGGAAGAGGUAGAAGAUGAGGAUGAGGGAGAGGAGGAAGAAGACGAGGAGGAAGAAGAGGAGGAAGAGGAAUAUGAGGAAGGUGUUGAGGAAGAAGAAUUCGAAGAUGAAGAUGAAGAGGGAGAUAACGAGUACAACGACGAAGAGGAAGGGUUGGAGGAAGAUGGGGAAGAAGAACAGAAUGAGCAAAAUGGGAUCAGACGGAAACCUCCACUGCUGCUCGUCACGCAACCGUCUUUGCAAAAUUCACCGAACAAUCUCACAACUGAAUUCACGUUUGAUGGAGUAAACCCAGUGCUUGUGAGCAGUAACGAUGAGGACAUCGAGGACGAUGGUUCGCUUUUUGUGAAUCAUUGGAUCACAUUUAUUUAUUCAUCAAACAUAACACAUAUCAAUUUUUCAAGCCUUGGGAUUAGCAAAAAGUCCACAUACCUUUCUACAACUAUAAAUACAGAUAUUUACCCAGUUAUGAUUAUUUUUGAAUUUUGA